GAGACGCUAGUUUAAAAAUUGAAUAUUUUCCGAAAAUAAAUCAAGAAAUCACAAAUUUGUCGGAAAAAUAUGGAAGACUACAUGGACGAGGAGAGUUUUUUUUUGGAAGCAGAUUUAUUUAAUCCAAUCGAAAGGCAUUUGAGAGCUGCAGUAGUUGCACAAAAUCCGGAAAAGAUAAAGGAAUUACUUGCAAUCAAUCGCUAUCCUCUGAUCUCCGUGUUAUACAAAGCUCUGCAAGUUGGAAAUCUGGAAAUCGUCAAGUUACUCUUCGAAAGUGGAUGUGUUUACUUGAGACCUGUGGAUGAAGAGCAAUUUGUAACUGUCAUCAGGGAACUUGACCCCAAUUCAUUAGAAAAAGUGGAAAUUGUGAAAUUUUUGCUUACUCGUUAUUUUUUGAAUUUUCCAGUUCGAUUAUCCAGAGAACAUUUAGAAGUGAUUGAUGGUUUACUUGCUGACAAAACGCAUAAUUUAUUCGAAUAUUUGCUUGAAAACUUCUAUUCCGAGGAAAAAAACAAAUUAUUUCCGCUGAUGAAGAAAUUGGAAGUUGCUGUUCAAAAUCCUCAUGUACUUUUGAUAUUAUUGCACGAGAAAAUCAACACUUUUGAUGGCAUCGACGAAUACGUAGAGCAACAUUUUUCCGAAUUUGUCCGGAUUUUCAAAGAAUUGCUGCUUACAGACACUCCGGAGACGAUUCAACUCACAAUUGAUAUUUUUCAGGUUUUGUUAGAGAAAGAAGUGGAUCUCGUGCUUCUGGCGUUCGUGUCACAAAGAGAGUUCGAUGAUCCUAUUUUUAAGGAAACACAUUUUGAGGUUAUUUCUCCGGUCUUGUUGAAACGUUUUUUUCAUGUAAUUUACAUUUUAUACAAUCUGCAACGAAAAGGUACGAUUCUCAACUCAAUUUUCUAUUGGUUUGAGUUGUGUUGCUGGAAAUACAGAAAAUAUUAUCGAUUAAGUCUUUGCAUGAUUCCGUUCAUAAUGAAACCAAUUGAUCGAUGGGAUAUGAUUAAAAUAAUAAACGUGGAUUAUCGUGGAUUCAAAGAGCUUGAACGAUUGCUGGAUAGUGACAAAGGCAAUGUAGUGCCUCUGAAAGGAAUUUGCCGCAAUGUGAUUUUAACAAAAUCGGCUCAAGUUCAAGGUUUUGAUGCUAAGAGAGUUUUGGUAGGAUUGUGGGCAUUAAAUUUGCAUGCAGAUUUGAAAUGUUACUUGCUUCGCAUUCCCGAUCCGAGUUGGAUGAAUGACUUGAAUUUUUGAUCUGAAAAAAAAAUGAUUUUUUGUACU